AUGUCCAAGGUGGAGCAUAAUGCCUGUCUGAUCGUGAUUGAUGGGUGGGGUGUGCCGUCGGAUGAGUCCCCCAAGGAUGGCGAUGCCAUCGCGGCGGCCGAGACCCCCGUCAUGGACGAGUUUGCCCGCAGCAAGACCGGCUACGUGGAGCUCGAAGCCUCGUCGCUGGCUGUCGGCCUGCCCGAGGGAUUGAUGGGUAACUCAGAGGUCGGGCAUCUCAACAUCGGUGCCGGCAGGGUUGUCUGGCAGGACGUGGUACGCAUUGACCAGUCAAUCAAGACCGGCGAGUUCAGCAAAAACGGGGUCAUUACUCAGGUGCUCGAGGCUGCCAAGAGCGGAAACGGCCGUCUUCACCUUUGCGGUCUCGUCUCCCACGGAGGUGUUCACUCCAAACAAGAGCACCUCUACUCGCUCCUCAAGGCUGCCAAAGAGGCCCAAGUCCCCAAAGUCUUCAUCCACUUUUUCGGAGAUGGCAGGGACACUGAUCCCAAGUCAGGUGUCGGUUACAUGGAGGAGCUGCUUGAGAAGACCAAGGAAAUUGGCAUUGGCCAAAUUGCAACAGUCGUUGGCAGAUACUAUGCCAUGGACAGGGACAAGAGGUGGGAGAGGGUCGAGCUUGCCAUGAAGGGACUGGUCCUUGGUGAAGGCGAGGCUAGUGAGGACCCUGUCAAGACUGUCAAGGAACGAUAUGAAAAGGGCGAGAACGACGAGUUCCUGAAGCCUAUUAUUGUCGGAGGCGAUGAGGGACGCAUCAAGGAUGGCGACAAUGUCUUCUUCUUCAAUUACCGGUCCGAUCGUGUGCGCCAGAUCACGCAGCUGCUCGGCGAUGUCGACAGGUCUCCUAGGCCCGAUUUCCCAUACCCCAAAAUCAAGCUUGCUACCAUGACCCGCUACAAGCUCGACUACCCCUUCGAUGUGGCUUUCGAGCCGCAGAAGAUGGGCAACGUGUUGGCUGAGUGGCUUGGAAAGCAGGGCGUGCCUCAGGUGCACGUUGCCGAGACUGAGAAAUAUGCUCACGUCACGUUCUUCUUCAACGGUGGUGUUGAGAAGGCUUUUGCCCUUGAGGAGCGCGAUGAGAGCCAGGAUCUUGUCCCGUCCAAUAAGAGCGUGGCCACGUACGACAAGGCACCCGAGAUGUCGGCCGACGGUGUCGCAGACCAGGUGGCCAAGCGCCUUGGUGAGCACAAGUUCCCGUUCGUCAUGAACAACUUUGCGCCGCCCGACAUGGUCGGUCACACAGGUGUGUAUGAGGCUGCCAUUGUUGGCUGCGCAGCAACGGACAAGGCUAUUGGGAAGAUUUACGAGGCAUGCAAGGCUCAUGACUACGUCCUCUUCAUCACGGCGGACCACGGCAACGCCGAAGAGAUGAAGUUCCCCGACGGAAAACCCAAGACCUCCCACACGACCAACAAGGUUCCCUUCAUCAUGGCCAAUGCGCCCGAGGGCUGGAGUCUUAAGCCUGUGGGUGGCGUGCUAGGCGAUGUAGCGCCGACCAUCCUGGCCUGCAUGGGGCUGCCUCAGCCUGAGGAGAUGACAGGUGAGAACUUGCUGGUCAAGGCGUAG